UAGCACCACUAGGAUUGGCCGAACUAGGAUGAUGCUCUCGCAAGAAGAAAGCUCUGAUUCCCUCGGGCGCUACUCGAGCACUCUUCUUCCUUUCAUGUCAGACCCGAGCAGCUCCUCUAGCAGUGCGUACGUGCUUGGCGCAGUGAAUUCGCCACCGCAAGAAGCUCUCUCUUUCCUCGACUGCAAAGCCGCUGCAUCCGAACACUGGGCCUACUCCAACGCUUCGGUGCUUAGCUUCGAGCAAGGCGACCAUACGUCUGGUGCUGGUUACCUGAGCCUUGAUCAUGAGGACGAGUGUGAUGCUUGGGUGGCCGCCAUGGAUCAGAACUAUCAGCUGCGUCCCCCUGACGUCAAGCGUCGAGCUGCUGCCGAUCGCUCGACGCUAAUUCACGAGCGAGAUUCUUUCGAGGUAGAAAGCGGGUACGGUUCGGUAAGAGCUCCGGUGAAAGAUAAGCGGCAAGGUCAGGUUCGGUUUGGGUUGGUGUACCCCGGCGCUGCAGCCGCUGUCGAUGGCCGUCAAGAAAGCAUUGGACGAGCGACGGUCCUACAGAAGCGUCGACACACGGAUGCAUGUGAUGUUCCAAGUCCGAGGAAGCAGUGUGGUAGUACUGGAAAGACAAAAGACAAGUCUAGUCCAACCAAGGAUCCUCAGAGUAUUGCAGCAAAGAACCGGAGGGAACGGAUCAGCGAGAGGCUCAAAAUUCUACAAGAUCUUGUUCCUAAUGGCACCAAGGUCGACUUGGUAACCAUGCUUGAGAAAGCAAUUAGCUACGUGAAGUUUCUUCAGCUGCAAGUGAAGGUGUUGGCUACCGAUGAAUUCUGGCCGGCGCAAGGGGGAAAAAAUCCAGAUGUUGGGCAAGUAAAGGAAGCUGUCGAUGCCAUCUUAUCCUCUCAAAGAGAGAGGAAAUCCAGCUCUAAGCAGUGAACAAUUUACAUAGGAGAUCAAAGCCCAGGAAGGAAGCAAUGCUACGUACAUGAGAAACGAGAUAAAGAACUCGAUGCAAGUAGAACCCACAAGGAAUAGUUUGAAUUUAGGUGUCGAUGAAGACUUAAUAUUUCUUUCUUUUUUCUUCCUUUCUUUAUAGCUCUGUCUCUCUGAC